UCGAGUCGAGUUCGAGUUCAAGCCGAGCUUAUUCGAGUCGAGUGUUGACCGAGUCGAUCUUGAGUAUCUCUUAGUUUGGCUACUUCUAAGUUAACAGGGACUGAAAUAAUCAGAGGUUGGUUGGAGAUUAAUACUAGGGUAAUACAGCUAAACCCAUUUAAUAGUAACCAGUACCAUAAAUGUCUAUAGAUUUGUGUGGACUUGAUGGAGAAAACAUGGAUGUCAAGUUCCACCAUGUAGAAUAUUUGACUCUGAAUUUGUAUCUGUGGUGAAAGGGGCGGGAUGUGACUUGUCAAACGUGUGAAAUACGAUGAUUGAUGAACUAUUCCACUGUCAAAUUGUGUUUUUAUUCAGAACUCUUUCACGACWGUCUUUCAACUUUACAGUCCACGGAGAAAGGACUUGGCAAGGAAGAAGUAUUUCAUUUUCUUUKRACUUAUUCCUGUAAUCAUUUUCCAAGCGGCUUUAGCAAGUUAGAGUGACUGGAAACCAUUAAAUGCAUGACUUUUAGGAGCUUCACCAGAGGGGUACAUUGUCAUUUCUAUAAAUCCCAUUAUCAUGUUAAUAUGUUUGUGUAUCUGAUAUCGUAUCUGUAAUCUCUCUUUCUCUCGGUACCUAUCUUCUUUGUCCAAAUUUUGUAUCAAUCAUGUGCUGCACAAAAAGUAACAGUUUAAUGGGGGUUYUGCUCCUGUAUUUCUCUCUCACCGUUUGUUUCUCAUCUGGAGCKGASACCUUAUAUGCAAAUSAGUCUCUAUCUGGAGAYCAAACAAUCAUAUCCAAAGRUGAAAACUUUGUGCUGGGUUUCUUCCAACCAGGUAACUCUUCAAACUAUUACAUAGGCAYCUGGUAUAAAAAGRUMUCUUCCAACCCUCYUACYRUAGUYUGGGUAGCAAACAGAGAAACRCCCGUAUCUGAUAGAUUCAAGUCUAAAUUAAAAGUCGUAGAUGGUAACUUAGUGCUCUUAAAUGAGUYCAACUUCCAGAUUUGGUCCACAAACGUCACCACCACCACCACCAAUUCGAAUUCUGCAGUUGUUAUUAUUCGUGAUGAUGGUAACUUAGUUUUGACAGACCAGUCAAAUUUAAUUGAAACUGUUUGGCAAAGUUUUGAUCACCCAGUUGAUACUUGGUUACCUGGUUCUAAACUUGCGUAUGAUWAUAGAACUAAAAAAAGCCAGCUUCUUACUUCAUGGAAAAGCAGAGAAAAUCCUGAUGUAGGAUUCUUUUCUUUGGAGCUUGACCCGUCAGAGAAGGCGUAUAUAAGUAAGUGGAAUAACUCCAACCAAUAUUGGACAAGUGGUGCUUGGAAUGAUAGGAUAUUCAGCUUAUCACCUGAAAUGAGGUUGGAUCACAUUUAUAAUUUCAGCUUCUUUUCGAACGAGAAUGAGAGUUAUUUCACUUAUUCAGUGUAUAAUCCUUCCAUUAUAUCUAGAUYUAUAAUGACUGCUUCAGGACAAGUUCAACAACAAACAUGGUUGGAGUCUCAGAAACAGUGGAAUAUCUUUUGGUCUCAACCUAAAACACAGUGUCAGGUCUAUGCUAUUUGUGGGCCUUUUGGUAUUUGCAGGGAGACUGAAAUGCCAUUCUGUAACUGCUUGACUGGCUUCAAGCCCGGAUCAGAGAGAGAUUGGAAUCAGAGUKAUUUCUCUGGUGGGUGUGUAAGAAAAACUGAUUUACAGUGUGGUAGAAACGUGGGAAGUCUCGAUUUUCUCAUGAUUACAGUCACGGCUCUGCCUMCAAAAAGUUCCGUGGCUGUUGGGAGUUCWGGAGAAUGUCGUACCAACUGUUUGAACAACUGCUCCUGUGAGGCUUACUCUUUUGUCGGUAAUCAGUGUUUAGUUUAUGGCGCUACUCCGAACCCAUGCAGCAAGGGUGCCCCCUUACUAGGACUGUUCUUGCAAGAGGGUGGGCCCAGCAAGGUUCAGCAUAUGCAGAAGCAGAAGCAGAAGCAGAGCAUAAUAAACAUGAUUUUAAUCGCAGAAGCAUGGCUCUUUUUCUGUUUCUUUUUCAUUCCUUUUCUCUCAUCUGGAGCUGAUACUUUGGCUGUGAAUCAAUCUCUUUCUGGAGAUGAAACACUUGUCUCUCUUGCUGGAAAUUUYGAAUUGGGUUUCUUUAGACCAGGUGAGUCUCCCAACUAUUACGUAGGCAUCUGGUAUAAAAAGGUCUCUUCCAACCCUCCUACUGUAAUUUGGGUAGCAAACAGACAAACACCCGUAUCUGAUAGAUUCAAGUCUCGAUUCAAAAUCUUAGAUGGUAACUUGGUGCUCUUAGAUGAGUCAAACACUCAAAUUUGGUCUACAGAUCUUAUGAUGUCUACUUAUUCAAGUUCGGUGUCUGUAGUUCUUCUUGAUAAUGGCAAAUUAGUUUUGAGAAAUGGUUCAAGUCCACCAAUUUGGCAGACUUUUGAACAUCCAACCCAUGCCUUAUUGCCUGGUUGUAAGCUUGGAUACAACAAGCUGACAAAUACUAAGCAGGUUUUAACUUCAUGGAGAAGUAAAGAGGAUCCUGCGGAGGGAUUCUUUUCCUUAGAGAUUGACCAAAAUGCGUCCCAGUAUGUACUGAAGUGGGAUAAAUCUGUGGAGUACUGGACUAGUGGAACUUGGAAUGGUCGUUUCUUCAGCUCAAUACCUGAAAUGAGGUCGAAUUUUAAGUAUAAUUUCAKCUUCUUUUYGAAUGAKACUGAGAGUUACUUUACUUAUUCUCUGUAUGAUAAUUCCACUAUAACUACACUUAUGAUGGAUGUUUCUGGACAAAUUCAGCAACAAGUAUGGUUUGAGUCUCCCGAACAGUGGUUUKUGGUUUGGAGWCAGCCURAAACAAAGUGUGAGAUCUAUGAUUUUUGUGGGGGUUUUGGUACUUGCAAGCAGACUACUGGAUCCGAAUUCUGUAGUUGCUUGACUAGUUUCACGCCUAAAUCAGAUAGCGAUUGGUAUCAGAGUAAUUUCUCUGGUGGGUGUGUAAGAAAAACCAAUUUGCUGUGUGGUGGAGACGUGCAAGAUCUUGAUUUUCUCAAUAUUAAAGUCAAGACUGUGCCUGCAAAUAAUUCCAUGGCAGUUGGUAGUGCUGAAGAAUGUCGUACCAACUGUUUGAACAACUGCUCCUGUAAUGCUUACACUUUUGUCAAUAAUCAGUGUUCAGUUUGGGACGGAGAUCWCUUGAACCUSUCAGAAGACGACACKAGUGACAAAACAAUCUACGUCAAGGUUGCUUGUAAAGACCUUCAACAUCGUAAAACGCGUAAAGGGGUCACUAUGAGUAYURUUGYUGGGUCUGUUGCCGGUGUGGUUUUUGUCUUGGGUUUAAUUUCGUUUAUAAUCUACAGAAAAAAGAGGMGUUUGGUUGGAAAAACGACAAUGGAGGGMWUGUUGGUGGCUUUUGUAUACARAGAUUUGCAAAUAGCCACCAAAAACUUCUCUGACAAACUGGGAGGAGGUGGUUUUGGUUCCGUUUUUAAGGGGGUUCUGCGUGAUUCAUCCGUUGUGGCAGUGAAAAAGCUUGAUAGCAUCAGCCAAGGAGAAAAGCAGUUUAGGAGUGAGGUCAGCACAAUUGGGACCACCAAACACGUUCAUCUUGUAAGCCUUCGUGGCUUUUGUGCAGAAGGCAACAAUAAGCUUUUGGUGUAUGAUUACAUGCCAAAUGGUUCUCUAGAUUCCCAUCUUUUUCAUGACAAACCAGUUUUAAACUGGAAGACAAGGUAUGAGAUUGCACUUGGAAUAGCAAGAGGGUUGGUUUAUCUUCACGAGAAGUGCAGAGACCUUAUAAUUCACUGUGACAUAAAGCCAGAAAACAUCCUUCUAGAUGCUGAUUUCUGCCCAAAAAUUACAGAUUUUGGUCUUGCAAAGCUUGUCGGUCGAGACUUCAGUAGGGUUUUGACAACUUUAAGAGGAACAAGAGGAUAUCUAGCACCAGAAUGGUUAUCAGGGGUGGCGGUGACAGCCAAAGCAGAUGUUUUUAGCUACGGAAUGUUGCUCUUUGAAUUAGUAAACGGUAAGCGAAAUGCAGAGCGAUCUGAAGAUUCAAGGGGUACAUUCUUCCCUUGUUUGGCUGCAAGCGUAGUUAUGGUGGGAGGUGACAUCCUUAGCCUACUAGACAGCAAGUUAAACAGGGAAGCCAGCAUUGAAGAAGUGACUAAAAUUUGCAAAGUUACAUUUUGGUGCAUCCAAGAUGAGGAAGAUAAUCGGCCUUCGAUGAGUGUGGUGGAACAGAUACUUGAAGGGGUUUUGGAUGUGAACAUGCCUCCAGUCCCACGAUCCAUCCGGCUCUCCGUUGAUAACACGGAGCCCAUUGUUUUCUUCGCCGAAGUAACAAGCUAG